GAACCCAGCAGGAAGGUUGAUUGGAGGAAUGUCUAUGUCACCAUCAGCUGCAUUAAAAAAAUAAAUGAAAUAACGUACCCUGUAACAUUUAUAAAAGAGAUCGGCAUUGCUGGAUUUAACCAAGGAAAGCUGUAAAACAAAUACUGGAUAAUAACAGAGCCUGGAGAUUCUGCCUGCCGCAAUGGUGUUAGAAAGCAAUUAAGAUAAAAAGAUCUGUGAAUGCCUGCCCAGAAUCCAGAGAGCCUGGCAGAAAAUUCAGACAGUGUCAUCAAAUCUUCAAAGUGUGCAAUGCCCUCUUUUCCUAAUGAUGCAGAAGAUCACGGGACAUCCCUGCUGCAGUCUGACUCCCCAUAUCAAAGCAAAAGAAAAGUGAGACAGAAGAAGAAAAAGAAGAAGAAAGGCACUAUAUCUGCAAAUGUGGCUGGAACAAAAUAUGAAAUAGUUCGUGUAGUCAUAGAUGAGAUGGUGUUUAUGAAAACCCGAGAUGAAGAUGACACAGCUAAUCUCAUCUGGAACGACUCCGCGGUACAGCAUGAGAAAAUCGCUGAGCUCAGGAACUAUCAGAGAAUUAACCAUUUUCCGGGAAUGGGAGAAAUCUGCCGCAAAGACUGCCUAGCAAGAAACAUGGCCAAAAUGAUAAAGAGCCAGUCACAAGAAUAUGGCUUCAUUCCCAAAACAUGGAUCUUUCCUGCCGAGUACACCCAGUUCCAGAACUACGUGAAGGAGCUGCGAAAGAAACGCAAGCAGAAGACAUUUAUUGUGAAGCCAGCCAAUGGCGCAAUGGGUCAUGGGAUCUCGUUAAUAAGAAACUGUGAGAAGCUUCCAGUUCAGGACCAUUUCAUAGUCCAGGAAUACCUCGAUAAGCCGUUUCUUAUGGAGGGAUACAAGUUUGACUUGAGGAUUUACAUACUGGUCACGUCAUGUGACCCAUUACGCAUCUUCUUAUACAAUGAUGGGCUUGUGAGAAUGGGCACUGAGAAGUACCAUCCACCGAGCGAUACCAACUUGAGCCAGCUGUACAUGCAUCUGACCAACUAUUCUGUGAAUAAGCACAAUGAGAACUUUGAGCGAGAUGAAACGGCAGACAAAGGCAGCAAGCGUUCCAUCAGCUGGUUCACAGAAUUUCUACGAAUCAACGAUUAUGAUGUGUCCCAAUUCUGGGGGGAUGUCUCUGAGCUAGUGGUGAAGACGCUGAUUGUAGCAGAGCCUCAUGUUCUUCAUGCGUAUCGUAUGUGUCGACCUGGACAGCCACCUGGAAGUGACAGUGUCUGCUUUGAGAUCCUAGGUUUCGACAUAAUAUUGGACCGAAAAUUGAAACCUUGGCUGCUUGAGAUUAAUCGUGCUCCAAGUUUUGGCACGGACCAGAAGAUCGAUUACGAUGUGAAGAAGGGAGUUCUCCUCAAUGCCCUGAGGCUGCUAAACAUCAGAGCCAGUGAUAAAAAGAGAAAUUUAGCCCAGCAGAAAGCUGAGGCACAGAAAAGGCUUUAUGGACGGGGCUCCGUGAAGAGGCUGUCACCGUGUUCCUCAGAGUGGGAGAAGCAGCGCCACACACUGGAGCGAAGAAGAGAGGAACUGAAAGAAAGACUGGCCCAAGUGCGCAAGCAGUUGUCAAGAGAGGAGUAUGAAAACAGACAUCUAGGGAAUUACAGACGCAUCUACCCUCCAGAUGACAAGCAGCUUCUGGAAAAGUAUGAAAGCCUCCUUUCUACUGCUUUUCAGACCUUCCUUGCUGGGAGAGCAGCUUCACUUCAAAAGGAAAUGAAUAACCCACUGAAACGAAUGAAGGAAGAAGAUAUUUUAGACCUUCUGGAACAGUGCGAGCUCGAUGAUGAAAAACUCAUGGGAAAGUCAACGAGGCAAAGAGGGCCUAAGCCAUUGUCUUCGAUGCCUGAAAGCACCCAGACGCCAAAGAAACAAAGAGAUGACAGCAGCAACACCAGCUGCAACAGCUGCAGCACUUCGGCAUCAGAAGAGGAAGAUGAAAAGGAAGAUCUCUUGGAGACGAAAGAGAAGAAGGUUUCAUACAACCUAGAAGAAAACAAGUACCACUCCCUUGAGCGUUCAAGCAGGAUCAAUUCGAAAUCUCCAAUCAAGCCAACCAAAGCUGGCCCCUCAGCAUCUCCGUCACUUUCUGCCCCAAUCAGACGCUCUAUAUCAUGUCCCCGCUCUAUAUCCUCUGUAACUGCACAGUCACCAACUAAUGAGCAGAGGGCUGUGUCGUCAAAACCAUCCGCUCCCGUGCUUCGAACCACUGUCACCCGCUCCCACUCUCUGAAUCGCAGCGGCUCAGUCAACCGAGUGCCCCACAGCACCAGCCUGGGCACCAUUCACUCUGCAGUGGGAGAAUCUUUGCUCAACCUCAGAACAAAAGAACAGGAGGCAGCAAUGACAAGGCAGACUCUGGCUGCUCUGAAUGAAAUGAGAAUUCGGUUCCCAGGAAAAACAGAGGAGGAGGCAGAGCUGAUGCUGGAUGAUAUACUGGAUAACUGGAAAUAUCAUAAACCAAAAGUGGCCUCCUACUGGCUUGUGAAGUUAGAUUCUACAAAACAAAGGAAGGUUUUGGACAUAGUUAGAACAAAUCUCCGCUCUGCUGUGCAGAGGAUCUGGAAGGAGCCUGACGUUGACAGUUUACAUAUAUACCGCCUUUUUAGUCGUGUUUUCAAUCGCCUACUCUGGAGCCAUGGACAAGGGCUUUGGAACUGCUUCUCCAAUUCGGGGUCCUCGUGGGAAACCAUUUUCAACAAAAGCACAGAGAUGGUCACCCCUCAGGAACUCCAGUGCUGCCAGAGGCUAGUACAGCUUUGCAGAGACUGCCUUUUAGUGGUUUAUAAGUUUGUAGCAGAUUCCAGGGGCUCGUUAACCGGGCUCAGUCCAGAAUGGGAUGACACAAGGUAUCUGUGGCCAGUCACAUCCCAGUUCAUCAUGAAGUCACCGCCUUCAAGCUUCAACCGCACCCCUUCAGGAAUGCCUCGAUCCCGCAGCCUGCUCUCUACAAGGGUGGGCCAGUUCUAAUCAAAUGGAAAGGUUGCAAUGCUUUAUAAAUAAUCCUAAUCCAUUUGAAAAGAAAUCUUUGAAGCCGAGUUAAAAUAUAUCUGCUGUAUCAUAUUUGCUCGCUGUACAGUGUCAUAGUACUGUAAUGAAAAAAAACUAAUUUAUUUUAAGAUGUAAAAAAUAUUGUUUCACCAGUGAACACAAGAAUGCUUCAGUGAAAUUUAGACAGAAUGAGAUAUCAAGUAAUCGCUUGCGAAAAUGCUUAUUUUUGCUAUUUGUGGCAAAUGCAAACAAACAAACAAACAAAAAAGAUUGUAGUGCUUAUUCAAGUAUACAGAGCUUUUUUUUUUUUUUUGUUACUUCAAACAUUUUAGGGUUGGUUUGAAAGAUUUGAGAUUUGGCAUGAGAGAUUCUUUAACAGAGUUCCAUUCCAGUCUCAAAAAGUGUUGUCCCUGUAUGUACAGUAGGAACCCAAACAGGUUGUGCCUUUUAAGAUGGGUUCUCUCAAUAUGAAUAAAUAAAUGCACUCAGAGACAUAUCUGCAAGCAAGAGAAAUAUUAAAUGUACAUUUAGCUUUCAAUAGGAGUGAAAAACAAAAAGCCAAAAUUGCAUCAAUGCUUACAGUAUAAACAGAGGGCUAUGCAGCACUUUGUACUACCAAGGUCCUCUGUUUAUUUAUUGUAUUUGCCAUAUACAGUGGUGACAUCCUACACUGUCAUGUCUGCUUUAUGUUACAUUGGGAACAAAGCCAACAGAAAACAAAGCACUGUCAUAUUGUUUUGUUACAGUAAAAGUUAAUUGCAAACUGGUUGAAGGUUAAGAGUGCGAAACGUUUAAGAAAACAAAAAUAAUUCUUAUUUAAGAAAUAUAUACCGCAGCUUUUGAAGUACUUUAAUUAUUGCAGCAAGCUGCAAAAUUUCCUGGAUGUUAUUACAAGCUGCACAGAUCUUUUCAUGUACAGCAAACCUGUCAGUUGGACAGAAUGUUGCUUUCGGGAUAAGUGCUUGAUUCAGUAAACCUUCCCCCCCCCCCACACACAUUUAAGUAAGUUGAAAGGCUUUUUUUAAUACAUGUAUUUGUCAUUUUAAGGUAAUAUGAUUUUUUUUACAAUUCCAAUUUUGAGAGCGAAAGUAGGUUAUUGAACAAAUGUAUUUUGUACCACAAAAACAUGUCCUAUUUUAUCUGAAGUGCUUUGUUUUAUACACAGAGUAGGUUCUGUUGUAGGCUUUUCGAGAUUGUCUUGUACAGCAUGUAAUGAAAUAAAGUGCCAGUUUCAAACUGAACACUAUGCAGUCAUUACUUUUCCUGUGCUGUAUCCUGGCAAUAUAUUUGUCAACAUAAUCUUAAUUGUUUUGAUCUUUUUAUUCACAUCAUGCGUCUUGAAGCAGCUGGGGGAAUACAACCAAAAACAUUUCUCAGGAUAACGAGGGUGUGUCUUGUGAACAUCAUAGUGUAUCCAGAUCAUGCUCCCUCCUGCAACUCAUUUUCAGUUACCACAAUAGCCAUUCAUUUCUCUAUGCCAGUAAGACAAAUCCUCUUUCUCCUGGCACAAGUGAAAUGUUCCCAGCUUUAUUCCCCAGCUGAUCUAUCACCCAUGGUGUUUGAAAAACAAUUGAGAUGAUGCUGAAAAAUAUAUAGCUGCAAUAAGGAUAAUACCGGAAAAGGUAAAGUAACUCGCUUCUUACAAACACAGCAUAGUGUCCUAUAACCCUUAUAGACUGCAGAGUAUUUCAUUCUUAUUGCAAAAUGCUACAAUGAUUACACCGUGUAACAAAUUUUUUUUUUUUUUGUUGUUCCUGGGUAGUAAGUGUUAUUUCCUAAUUGCUUAU